GGACGGGAAAAAAAAGUCGUCACUUUGCGAAAGAAACCCGAAAUUCUCAACCAAAUCUAACCCGCCGGAGCCUAAUUCGACGCCGAAAGUGAUCGCGCCGCGGGUUGCAGCCAACGGGAAUCGACGACCAUCGGGUUGCGCGUGAAUUCCACCGGAAGAAGUAGAAGGAUUGUUGUGCGAGGAAGAACCAUCGCCCACUUGGAUUAUUAUCACACGGCAAUUUUGCACUAAUUGCUUCUGUCAUCAGUUUGGUGGUUCCGGAGGAACAUUUUUUAGGGAGUAAAACCCGGGAUUUAAAGCUUGUCCAGAGUGUGUAAACACAACGGGAGCGGUAAUACCAAAUAAACCAUGCCCCAAACGCCAAUCAACUCGUUGGACGAGCAGGACAAGCUGCUGAGCGAUGCCAUCACGGUGGUGCGCGCUCAGGCCUUCCAGAUGCAGCGCUUCCUGGACAAGAACCGCCUCAUGGAGGCGAUGCGUUGCGCCUCGACAAUGCUCGGCGAGUUGCGAACUUCGCUGCUCUCGCCGAAAUCCUACUACGAGCUGUACAUGGCCAUCACGGACGAGUUGCGCCACUUUGAGCACUAUCUGCUGGACGAGUUCCAGAAGGGUCGCAAAGUGCCGGAUCUGUACGAGCACGUCCAAUACGCGGGCAAUAUCGUCCCUCGCCUGUACCUGCUGAUUACGGUCGGGCUGGUUUACAUCAAGACCAACUCGAGCCUCAAGCGCAGCAUCCUCAAGGAUCUCGUUGAGAUGUGCCGCGGAGUUCAGCACCCGCUGCGAGGCCUGUUCCUCCGUAACUAUCUGCUCCAAUGCACGCGCAACAUCCUGCCGGACGCGUUGAGCAACACAGACGAGAACGAGGGCACCGUCAUCGAUGCGAUCGACUUCGUUCUGACCAACUUCGCCGAGAUGAACAAACUGUGGGUUCGCAUCCAGCACCAGGGACACUCCAGCGAACGCUCCCGGCGCGAGAAAGAACGUGAAGAGCUGAAGAUCCUCGUGGGAACCAACCUGGUUCGCCUGUCCCAGCUCGAAUCCGCCAGCUUGGAAGUCUACCAGCGCCUCAUCCUCCCCGGAAUCCUCGAACAGGUCGUCAGCUGCCGCGACGCCAUCGCCCAGGAAUACCUGAUGGAGUGCAUCAUCCAAGUGUUCCCGGACGAGUUCCACCUGCUAACUCUAGACCCGUUCCUCAAAUCGUGCGCCCAGCUCCAGUCCGGUGUCAACGUCAAGAACAUCAUCAUCUCCCUCAUCGACCGCCUGGCCCUGUACAACCAGCGCAACGGAAAGGUCACCCAAACCACGUCCGGCACGGAAAUCAUCUCGGCCAUCCCGGCCGAAGUGCAGCUGUUUGAAGUGUUCAGCACCCAGAUCGCGUACAUUGUGCAGCUGCGAACGGACAUGCCGCUGGAGGACACCGUUUCGCUGCAGGUUGCGCUGGUUAGCCUAGCGCAGAAGGUGUACCACGAUCGGGUGGAUUACGUGGACAAGGUGCUGGAGACGACGGCGCAGAUUCUGGACCGGCUGAACAUGACCAAGUAUUGCAUCUCACAUUCCCUGACGGUGAACCAGGAACUGUCCCGGCUGCUGCGUCUGUGCGUGGACUUUUACAACAACGUGCUGACGAUCCUGCAGCUCAAGUUCUUCGGCCCCCUGCUGGAAAAGUUCGACUACACCUCGCGCAAGGCGCUCUCGCUGUACAUCGUGAUGAACAUUCUGGAGAACGAGACGCUCGUUCCGACGGCCGAGCACGUGGACUCGGUGCUGGGGAUGAUUGGGCCGCUGAUUUCCGACCAGGAGGAUCAACCGCCGGAGAAGAUCGAUCCGGAGGACUUUGCCGAGGAGCAGGGCAUUGUGGGGCGGUUCGUGCACCUGCUGCGCUCGGACGAUCCGGACACGCAGUACAAGAUACUGACGGCGGCCCGGAAGCACUUUGGGUUGGGCGGACAGCAGCGGAUACGGUACGUGUUGCCGCCGUUGGUGUUUGCGGCGUACCAGCUGGCGUACAAGUACAAGGCGAUCGCCGGGGAGGACGAAAUGUGGGACAAAAAGUGCCAGAAGAUUUUGCAGUUUUGCCACAGCACUAUCGCGGUGCUGGCCAAGUCGGAGCUGCCGGAGCUGGCGCUUAGGUUGUACCUGCAGGGGGCGCUCUGCAUCGGCCAGAUUGCGUACACGAACCACGAGACGGUGGCGUACGACUUUAUGACACAGGCAUUUUCCCUCUACGAGGACGAGAUCUCCGACUCCAAGUCGCAGUUUGCGGCCAUCACGCUGAUCGUUUCGACGGUGGAGCAGAUGGCUUGCUUCUCCGACGAGAACGCGGAACCGCUGCGCACCAACUGUGCGCUGGCCGCGUCCAAGCUGCUGAAGAAGCCAGACCAGUGCCGGGCCGUCGUCACCUGUGCCAGUCUGUUCUGGAGCGGAAAACAAAACGGCCAGGAGCUUCGCGACGAAAAGCGAACUCUCGAGUGCCUCAAGAAGGCCGCCAAAAUUGCGUCCCAGUGUUUGGACGUGGGCGUCCAGGUUCAGCUCUACGUGGAACUCCUCAACCACUAUCUGUUCUACUACGAGCGAGGGAACGCCCAGAUUACGGUGUCCAUGCUUAAUCAGCUCAUCGCCAAGAUCAACGAGGAGCUCCCGAACCUGGAACCGACGGAGGAAACCAAACAGAUCGAGAUGCACUACCAGAACACGCUGGCCCACAUCCGGAGUCGGAUGGAGACGAACGACGCGGGCGCUGGCGCCGCCGCUGCCGCCGGGCUGGAGGUUUCCUUUGCCGGAAUUACGCUGAAUUGAGAUUGCAGAAGCAACAACAAAAAUAAAAAAAAAGUAACACAUUGCAGAGAGUUAACAGAGAGAGCGAACACGCAAUUCCUUGAACUUAGGAAGCAAAACUAACAGAAAUACAGAUGAAAAUGGCAUGUAAUCGAAGGGAAAAAAUAGAAAGAUGAGCUAAUCUGACUAGAGACUAGAAUGAAACCGUUACGGAGCUGCAUUCAGCGAGAGCAUUGAUUAAAUCUUCUAGAAGAUUAAUACUUAGUAUCUAUUAUAAAAAUCAAACAAAGCAAAAAAAACUAUAUAUACAUUACGAGAAAUUGUGUAAGUAACAACUGUAUGGACAUUUAAGAGAACAAGUAAACGUAUGAUAAUGCACAUAAA